AUGAUGUUCGAUCCGCCCGACUUCCCGUACAGAGAGCUAUCGGAAACUUUAAGAGAUCAUUAUGGCGCGGAAGAUCUCUUUAGUAACGAUAUAUCGAACAACGACUCAGUAAUGAGCGUCAGUGAAAUACCCGAGAAUGUAACAGAUCAGAUAGUUGCUGGCAUCAAUAGUCAAUUAUCGCUUCAUUCUAAUCACUCCGGACGACACUUCAACCUCGAGAACGCAUCUAUUACAGACUUCGCAGCAGCGAAUCUAGAACGAAAUACUGAACUUUAUGUUGUUCAGCCAGACCUGCUCAACUUAGAGCCGACGUUAUUGGAUGAUAACACUGUUAAUCAAUUUUUAUUACCGCUAAAUACGUCAGCAGGAAACAAUAAGGAUGUGGAGGGCAACGGACCAGACUUAUUGGCUCUGCACUCAUGUGCUGUAUGUCAUGAAAUAUUUACUAUGGAAGCUGAUCUUCUCGAUCACACAAUAUCUUUGCAUGCUUCAGAUAAUAAUGUGAAUGGAAACCAAAACAAUUUACCUAAUAAUAACGAUACGUUGUUUGAAUCGAGUAGUGGAAAUCAAAAUUUUGAUACGGACUGGUUAGUGUGCUCUAUAUGCGAGCGAGUGCUGUCUACAACUUUGGAAGCAGAACCCAACGGUGAGAACAUUACAUCUCAACAUUACCUAAGUGAACUAACAAACUAA